AUGGCUGGAUUCAAAGUUGCUGCUGAAGUUAUGCGCUCUGCUUCUCCAGUGGAUUGUGCCACGGUUCUUGCUUCUUGGUCACCGAAGAAAGUGCACCUGAACCGAUAUCGAACUCAACCUGUUGUGCUCUUCAUAUCAUCGACUGAAACAGCCCAGUCACUAUCUGAGCCUAUAUAUGUAAUGGUCAGCAGGUCUGGAAGACAUCUAGACCCAAAAGGUGCUAUUCAGCAUAUAGCCAUUUAUAAGAUUGAAAAGGUUCUCCUCCCUAAGGACAUUUUUGCUUCUAAUGCUCCAGCUCCAGCACCAGUGGCACCUGCACCAGAAAAACCUGCAAAGGCGGUUCCUGCGGCAAAUGUUGAGAGUUCUGUGGCUCCUGUGGAUAUAUCCAGUGCAGUUUGGUUUAUGCAUAAUAAUGUGGUGGGAUCAGUUGGUAUAGUUGCUGCUGCAGUGUUUGCUUUGUAA